UAAAAAUACUUUGUUGGCGUGAAAAAAAUAUUAAUAGACGGACUUAUGUACAUACAUAUGUACAUAUUACGUGGUGUGGGUGUGAAAAUUCCGCGCGCCUGAAAAUCCAAUAGAAAACUAUACAGCACAAUAAAAUGUAAAAUUUUCUUAAACAGAAAUAACAACUAAAACAAAUACAUAAGAAUACAACAUUUAUAAAAACAACAAUAAAUAGAAAACAAAAACGCUUUGUCAGCCCGUUAAAUGUCGCGACAUUUGUGACACUAUAAAUAAUAAUUUGUCGUGAAAGCGCGCUGAAAAAUAUAAAAUAUAUAUUCGCUUCAAAUUUUGAACAUUACAACAACGAGAACAAUAGCGGAGGCAAAGUGUAGCACAACAAAAUAUGAUAUCGCAUUAGUUUUGGAAAAAAUAUUCAAUACCAACAUAAAAGCAGUAACCUACCAAAAAGGAGCUUACGUAAAAAGAGAAAAAAAGUAUAGCUAGCAUCAAACGUAGUGCUAUUUUAUGUUGCUUCGCGUAAGCGCAUGGAAAUUCGUGACAUUCAUUUGAAAAAUGCAUUUCAACAUUUGACACGUCCAAUCGAACGUGAAAAAACGUGCACGCUUAUGUAGCUUUCGGUUUGAAAAUUUAAAAAAUUAUUAUAUUUAGUAGUGAAAAACCGUGAAAAAAUCACAUAAAAAACAUUCGCACUGCAGAGUGUUGUUCGUAGCGCAAAGUGUCCGUGUGGAAGGAAAUAAGCUCCACUUGAAACUUUUGUUGGGGCAGCGGUUUUGAAGCCCCCAACAGCUAGCCGUGCAUUCGAGCAUUGUGAACAUGGCGAUACAUGUCCUGUCAACUACGAACAGCCAAAUGACCAGACCACAUUUACGAAAAUCUAUGCGGAUUAUCGAUGAUAACUUAACACUGUACAAACAUAAUAGAAACUUUGUUAAAGCAAAAGCGCACAUGACAGUUCAAUCAAGCAGUCAAGCAACUAGACAAACGGUAUAAGCGAAAAGAUAAACGAUCGAGCAAAUCUGUAGAGCAACAAAUUAAAAACAAACGAUUUACGGGACAGAGCAAAUAGAAAGUGAAACCGCGCGCGAUUCAAACGAAGAAAAAGUGAAACAACGCAAGGACUCUGCUUGAGCAUCUAAAAAAAAAUAAAAAAAGAUUAAAUUGCAGGCACACCCUGUAAUUCAACGAAAAGCAAGCGAGUGAGUGAGCGAGUUCCAGAGCACAAACGCGAGCGUGACGGUGACUGAACGCGUGAGCAACACGUAAGGACACUGUUGAGCUGUGCAGCUAAGCAAACGAACGAAACAAGAAAAAAAAGACAACGAGUAAAAAAAGUAAUACGAAAAAGAAGCAGACGCAGUACAAAAAAAGAAAUUUAUAUGUAAAUAAAGGUGUUUGCAUUAAUUUAUUUACAACAAGCGCGCACAUCUGGCAAGCAGGCGGCAGUAACUUCAACGAAGUCCAAAACGCAACGCACACCCGCAGAGCAACAAGCUAAAGGCAAUAUAAAAGAACAGAGAGUGAGUGAGAGAGCGCCGCACAAGGAUCUGACGCAAUAGCAGACACAUUCUAAAAGGAUAUUGAACCCACGCAAGCUGACAGUGAGUGUGCGAGUGCGCGUACUUGAUUGCAAUUGUAUUUGUAUCUGUAUUGCUGAGCGCUGAAAAACCAACACGUGUUUUCUGUUUGCACCGGCAUAGCUACAGACGCAGCCACAACCAAACCAAAGCCAGCAAGCCAGCAAGCCAGCCUAUCGAAGCGAAGCAGCAAGGGUAAAUCAAGCAAGUGACGCUAAGCUAUAUUUCAUUCGACAUACGUGACUGGCGGUGGUUGGUGCAACAAUUUAAAGAACGUAGUAGCAGGAUACAUACCUACCUACAAAUCCAAGCAUAAGUAUCUACAUAUACUGCCAACAACAGCAAACACGCAUCCUGCCUCAAUUGUUAAUGUGUUGUACAUGUGUACAUAGUGCAAAGUGAAUGUGUUAGUGGCUUCUAUUUUGUAUACAAGCAAAGGACAUUCUUUUCUCAACAAUCUUUUUCAAUUGGCACAAGUAAGCGAGUGUGUGUAGAAGCGCGCGCCUAAAGAACGGAAAGGACUGUUACAUUUUUUAUUCAAUUUAAUAAAGAAGGAAAGUGUAGUGUUGAGUUUCUUUUUAACUCAUAUAUAAGCAGUUUUUGUGCAUUGUUUCUUUUUUGUUGUUUAAUUACAACAAAUAAUUUUUGGAUAGCCUCCAAUUUGAAAAUGGAUUACUACGAUAGCUUGUUGGACCAUUUGCAAAUGCUGGAUUACAAGGUGCUCAGCCUGUUGGCUGUACCAAUUGUUGCUGUAUUAGUGUUGGCGGCAGUGCUGCUGCGGAUAACGAGAAAAAAUGACACUGUGCAACGUAAUGGUAGCAGAGCUAGUCAGCAUAUACGUAACCCCAGAUAUUACCAUCAACAACAACAACAACAGCAGCAACCACAAAACGGUAGCAAUUCGAAAAAUGAUUCAUCCGAUUCGGGUGUUUCGACAAAUGGACGUCAUCAACAUCACCACCACCACCACAAUCAUCAACAACAUCAACAGCAGCAACAGCAUAUUCGUCAACAGCAGCAACAACAACAACAACAACAACAGCAUAAUCAAAAACAACGCAAAACGCGUUCAAACAGUAAACGACAAGAAAAUAACCACGCAACAAGAGAUGAGAAACGUUCAACCGAUUAUUCAGUUGAUGAUUGGUUGGGCCAUGAAAUGGUUUACUGUUACGAUCAUCGGUAUAUAUCUUCAUGCGCCGAAGAAAACUUGUUGGCAACACGCCACAACCCAGCACAUCGUAACAGCACCUCUAGCGAUGCUGCUGCCAGCGACGACCUCAACUCCAGCUCGAGCAAUGAAGAUUUGAGCGCCGUCUACAAUGUCAUGUCGCAGCCCGACAAGAAAUCUGGCAAGGCACGCAGAAAUCGUCAGCAACGUCGCCGCAAGCAUCACGACGAACAAACUGGCGACCAACUUCAGCCCAUUCCCAUGGACGUCGACGAGGAUAGCAAGGAAAAUCGACGUCCUGCACAGCACCAGCCGCAACAGCAGCAACAACAGUCGGCUAAGACGACUAGCGUCAAUUUGCGUAAGCAAUGCACCAAAGCUGCUGCAUUGAAGGCGGUCAACCAGCACAACAACAACAAUGCCGGCAAUAGCGUGAACAGCAGUAGCAAUAUUGCAAUGCCCAAUAGUAGCGCGCAUGCGCUCACCAACUCACCGUCCAACACUUCAGUGUGCAGUGCACUCUCGUUGGCUUCAUCCACAUACUCACUCUCAUCGUCAUCGUCAUCAUCGCUGUCGUCGAGCACAUCAUCUGCCUCGAGUUCGCCCACCAAUUCGGCGAAUUGCUCGCCAACUGCCUCACCUACCGCCAGCAAGCGCAAUACGGAGAGUUUCCGCAAAAUUGCACGCGCGCUUGCCCCGCCACUGCGUCAGCACACCAAGUUGAAUAUGUCGGAGACCGAGUUGGUGCAACAUUUGCGGCGCUACAUCAUCGAUCCGAAUUUGUUACGCGUCUAUGGCUACCCGGUUGAGAGCGCCAUACACGAAGGUUGCAUCGAGAUCUACAAAUGUCUGCCACGCCCCUCCGGCGUACACACACACCACCUUUCAACUAAGACGGACAUCGUUAAUACAACCGAUGGCCUGCAGUUGCGCAUCUCCAACACCAGCAGCAGUUACACCGCAUCCUUCAACACUACCAGCAGCAGCGUCGAAGCACAAUGGACACUCGGCAGCGACAACUCGGCCGACUCCGGUCAGGGUUCGGGGGAUUCCAGCCCACCUUCAAUGGAUUCGGACUCCAGCGAAGCUGGUGAGGAUGAACCCGCCACCACAACGGCUUGUUUCACGCCAGACGGCAGCUACCAGAUAUUCUCGCAGUACGAUCAAUCGCUGGAGAAGCAAUGCGUGCGUUGUAUGCGCACCUUCCACGUCACCGAGUCAGGCGAGUACCUCAGCUACGAGAGCUGCACCUUCCAUUGGGGCAAGCUGUACAACCUGUAUACAGGCAGCAAAGGCUACACCACGCAGUACACCUGCUGUACAGGCACCAAGGAAACCGAGGGUUGCUCGCGCAAUCCUUUGCACGUGUGGACCGGCGCUGUGGUCGGCAUCAAUGGUCCCUACACCGAUUUUGUGCACACACACCCGCGUUGUGAUGAUAAAUCUGACACGCCUAAGGUUUAUGCGCUCGACUGUGAAAUGUCUUUCACAGGCCGUGGUCUGGAAGUGACCAAAGUGACGGUGGUGGGCUACGAUGGCCAGCUUAUCUAUGAGCAUUUUGUGCGGCCGGAAGCUGAAAUUGUCGAUUACAAUACACGUUUCUCCGGCAUCACCGAAAAAGAUCUCUGUACACACUCGAAUAAGGACGUAAAGACGUUAGCCGAAGUGCAACGUGAUCUGUUACAGCUAAUCGACGCCGACACCAUACUCAUCGGCCAUGGGCUGGACAAUGAUCUGCGCGUGCUGCGGAUCGUGCAUAAAACGAUCAUCGACACCUCAAUCGCAUUCCCACAUUCAAGCGGCUUUCCAUACCGCCGCGCGCUCAAGAACCUGACAAAGGCGUGUCUGAAUCGCGACAUUCAAUGUGGCGAUGCGGGGCACAGCAGUUUCGAGGACUCGCGUGCUUGUCUGGAGCUGAUGUUGUGGAAAGUGCGGAAAGAAAUGCGGCCGACGACGUACUGAGAAGUACCGACGCGGAGGCAUUCGAGUACCGCCGCCGAUUGGGUGGAAGCGAGGUGGGGAAGAGAACCUCGGCUUGUCAGCGGCGGUGUGUUGUGAGCGAAUGCGAGUGUGGGAGAAUGAGUUAGUGAGUAAGUGAGUGACUGAACGAGUGAGUGGGAGCGUGAACUAAGCACGCUGUGUGAUUUUUUAUACAAAUAUUGUAACUUUUGAGUAAGUGUCGUGAAAUUUUUACAGAUUGAACUUGUAACUAAAAAUUUAUUUUUUUUCUACAAGUAUCUACUGUUUCGUUUAUUACAAACUAAUUACAUUUGUGUAGGAGUAUACAUAUGUACAUACAUCUUUGUAUAUACUCCUACAUAUGUAUAUAAGCGGGACUGGGCGACGCCGACUGCGCAGUACCCUCGUGGUAGAAUCGCGUGUUCGUAUACACGAAGUUGAAGGCGAAAAUGAAGUGUAAUUAAUUUUCGCUUAAUUUUCACCUUCAACUUCGUGUAUACGAACACGCGACUUUACCCCGAGGGGUGCUGCGCAGUCGGCGUCGCUCAGGCCUGUAUAUAAGUUUAAAGUUGAGUAAACUUGCUGUGGAGCGAAUGCUGACGCGCGCGCGCGUGUUAUGCCCUUCGGGCGUUUUGUAUGUAAGUACAAAUAUACGCUCGUGUGCAGUGCGUUCGUUCACGCUGUUGCGCCCAUCUGAACUUGAUUUGAUACCGUACCAGAGAGGAGUAAGAAGUCGUUGUGUCGACAGAAAGCAAUCUCUUUUUUUAUUGAAAAGCUGCUGAUGUUCAAACAAAAAUGGAGCGGAAUUUUUUAAAAAAUGUACUGAUUUAUUGCUGUGAUUUUUUGCGCGCGCUGUUCUCAUUUUUAUUUUCGCUUUUUUUUCUUCAGUUUUCCAAGUUCACACAAUAUGAAAGUUAUUAAAAAAAAUUUUAGAAAUUUAUUGUAAUUUAACAAAAGGUCAUAAGUAAUUAUUCAGAAGUAAAAUAACAUAAUCGUUUCGUUCUAAAGUAGCACCGUUUUUUAGACGAAAAUAAAAAUUGGAAAAAAUAAAAUAAUAAAAUUUUAAUUUUUUUUUUUUGUAAAAUUUUUUGUAAAAUUUCACUCCAGUUUUGCUAAUUUACGUAUAUUUGUUGAGAACGAAAAAUUUUAUUUCAAAAUUGUUUUCAUGUUUAACGAUUUACAACAACAUUCUUAAGGAACAAUGCGAAUAUUAUUAUAUGUAUUGCAUCUCAUAAAGUUUUUCUUUACUAAAAUAAAUGCACACCUGUACAUAAAAGCUAUCUAACAAAUGUAGUUUCAAUUUUACUUUGUUAAUUCAAAUAUUUAACAUUGUUAAAAUGCAUACGAUUUUUUUUUUUUUUCAUUACGUAGUUUUUCAGCAUAUUUUUAUUUUUUUAUUUAUUGACGAAAACAUCAUUCAUUUACCAUUUGAACUUAAUACUUUUUUGAAAAAUUUGGCAUGAAAUGCCUAUAAUUCUAAAAACAUACCUAAAAGCACAAAAAAUAUUUUUUUAGUUACAUACAUAUUUGUAAGGUGGCAACCCAUUUGUUGACCUCCCACCACUUCAUUCAAGCCUAGUUUAGCAUAUUUUUAAGUUUAGCUAUAAGUUCACUAGGUACGAAAAAAAAAUAAAAAACAGCUUUUAUUUUGUAAAGAAAAAAUCUAGAAAAUGCUAUAAUUUUUGGCACUAUUGCGAUAAAUGUUGUAUAGAAUAAUUGUAAAGAUUUUCCUCAAAAGCUGCAACUGGUUGUUAAAUUUCGCACGUGCUCGCCGCAUUAGAAGGGCUGCCUUGUUUUCUAAAAAGCCAAUUUCAGUUGAUAAAGAAAAAUGUUGUGAAAAAAAAAUAUUUGUACAUACGCUGUUGCGCUGUUUGUAAUUAUAUAAUGCAAAAAAAUUUUAAAGAAACAAGAAAACAAAACCCUAGAAAACGCAAAGAAACCCCCAUUGUAAAAUAUGAUGUUCCUAGUUUUUAAAAAUACACAUACAUUUGUACAUACCAAACAAACAUAAAAAUAUGUGAAAAUUUAUAGCACAAACAUGAUUGCGAAGUUAUCUUUAAACACAAAGAGCAGAAAAGAAAUCAUGAAAAUAUGAAAUGAAAGGCAUAUUUUUUUUUUACUAAUUUUUUUCUUGAAAUGUUUUCGCACACAUUUGUAUUGCGCACAUUUUAAAAUUGCACUUUUGUAAAGGCAAACUGAAAAAAAACAACAACAGCAAAAUAGUUGAAUAAGCAACAAAUAACAAAAUAUACAGUUCAACUUAUCAGCAAAAAAAGGCGCCUUGGAAAAAAAUCUAGGCGAAAAAAUCAACCUAACGAACAUAAAAUGUCUACCAACACUUUUGUUGAGACGUUUUAUGGGUGGAAAAAAAAUAAAAUUUGAUUUAUUUUUUACGAUAAUGUGACACAAAAACAAAA